CGGAUGCGGCUGUGACUGACUAUACCAGGCAGAAGAGAUCGCUAGCUAAGUGGCGGUGCUGCAGCCCCAGUGGUCUUUGGCAGGAUGCAGACCAUAAAGUGCGUGGUUGUUGGUGAUGGGGCAGUGGGGAAAACAUGCCUUCUCAUCUCAUACACCACCAAUGCCUUCCCUGAAGAAUACAUUCCAACAGUGUUUGACAACUAUAGCGCCCAGAUGAGCGUGGAUGGCCGCACUGUCAGCCUUAAUUUGUGGGACACAGCCGGCCAGGAGGAGUAUGACCGCCUGCGUACUCUCUCCUAUCCCCAGACCAACGUCUUCAUCAUCUGCUUUUCCAUCGGCAGCCCCUCCUCCCACGCCAAUGUCAGGCACAAGUGGCACCCUGAGGUGUCUCACCACUGCCCCAAUGUACCCAUCCUGCUGGUGGGCACCAAGAGGGACCUGAGGGGCGACACGGAAACGGUGAAGAAGCUGAAGGAGCAAGGGUUGGCUCCCACUACCCAGCAACAGGGGAAUGCCCUCGCCAAGCAAAUCGGGGCUGUCAAAUACAUGGAGUGUUCUGCGCUGCUGCAGGAAGGCGUGCGGGAGGUGUUUGCCGAGGCCGUGAGAGCAGUGUUGUACCCCGUCACGAAAAAGAACACCAAGAAAUGUGUGCUUUUGUAAUGAGGAUUCCUGGAUUUGGAUUGCGGAGGGGGGAGCUGUUGAGUUCCACAGAUGCAAAGGAUGGCCGAGAGCAGUAACUUCCUGGCUGCUUCCAUGCCACCUCUAGCAAUUUAGACUUCUUUAUCAGCUCCUUAUUCAUCCUCAGGAGGACUUCACCCUGAUGCCAUCAUCACCAAAGUGACUUUGCCAAAAUGAGGGCAAAAAACAAAACGGAUCUCUCUUAUUUUUCUUACAUUUAAAAAAUUUUGAUAUCUACACUUUCCUCACAUGUUACACUUGUUCUAGAUUUAUAGCUUCUCCGCUUUGCCUUUGUAAGAAAUGCUGAUAAUGGUUGUCACAAGCCAUAAUUCCAUCUAAACCAAGCUGCCCUGUUUGACUGGAGAGAUCUACUGUUGUUUAGGUGGAGAAAUAGUGACUACCUCAUACUCCUCACAUAGGUUCUUGCAUCUCGCGAGUGUCAAGCACCUGCAUAGUGACGUUUGCCAUCUAGUCCACACGUACAGGCUGAGCGACUUUUUAAUUUCAAGCAGCUUGAGUCCAGAAACGGCGCGACGAUCUCGGACAAGGGCCAAUUCCCAGCACAUCACCGGUAUGCGCAGAUUAGUGUUGAGCUUGGUGCUCAGCGUGGCGUGUCCGAGGUGUCCAUCCCACUGCCAACGCACGGAAGAGCCAGCAGGCCUUUUGAAGAUAAGCCGCUCUCAUUAAAAUCAGCCAACUAGGCGCCUCUUGAGCCAAAUUAAAACUGGUAAAAAACUGGUACUGGAUCCCUCUAAAUGACAGAAUAGGGUGCAGCGCAGCUCGCUCUUGCCUCCACGCUAUUCAAAACUUGGAAUUAGAGAUGGACAUUUGACGAGGUUUACUCGAUCGAUAUUGGCAAUGAGGUAAUCCAUUUAUUAUGGCAAAUUUUGAUGACAUUGGAGCAUUGUUCUGAACUCCUGUUUCAAUGCCAAUGUCAUUUUAAGGAGAUGAGUGCUUCCCGCAGGAGUUGCCAUAGUGGAGGUCUGCAUGGAUGGAGCUCAACUUCCCAUAGCUGACAUCAUUUUUUCUUUAGACCACAAGCUAGUGAAUCAAAAGUGCCUCUGCUGGUCGCAGCCAAGUAGGGCACUGCAUUUUGCCUCAGUUGCUUCAAUGCCGCGAUUAAUCGAUGAUGGUGGCCAUCCCGUCUUGGAAUCACAGCGACUGUAUUUUCUAAUCCUCAGUAAAAAGAGUUUUAAUCUAUGUGGCCAAAGUUGAAUUUUUUUUUGUAAUAGCCUGUGUUUAUUAGAUUGUUGACGUCAAUGGCCUUGCAUUAAAUGCUAGCAGAACAUGACCACUGCAUAAUUGACCCAGUGCAUCAUGUAAUACCAGAACAUGUUUUAAAUGGCUUUUUAGGCUGUGCAGUUCUUUUCCUGUAUUUCAUUAAAAUAAUUACAUUAUUGAAUAUGAAUAAGACAAAAAAAAACAACAAACAGUCGUUGCUACCACCGUGUGCAUUUUUCUAUAGCGUUGCAGCAAUUUAAUUGUCAUGAUUGACAGAGGCAGCCUUUUGUCUGCUCACAUGCCUUAUCCAAACCAAAAGCCACAGUAGUGCUAUUUUGUCAAACCCGUAGGUUGUCAUUUUAGUGCCACAAAAGCCCUUAAAUACAGCUCCCCCCACCAAGCAAUGAAUUUCACAUUUGGCAACUGAAGCCUUACUUUCUUCCUGCCAGUAAGCACAUUGCAGCACUCUUUAUAACACGGCUGCAAAACUGACAUCUCAAUGCGCAGCUACGGUUCUUAGCACAUUGUGGUUUAUAUGCCUGCAUCGCAUGCUGCAGUGAGAGCAGCGUAUAACAGUAACCGCAUUGGUGGAAGGUGCCAUGUCAGUUUUUAUUAUUUUUUUUUAGCAAUAAGUGGUUGGUUGUUUUAGCUUCAUGCUGCCAGUAAUGACUUUUUUUACUCAGAGUGAAUUGUAUUAAAUUUGUUUAAUGUGGCCUGUAAUAACCAAUGCGCAAUAACAUUUGAAAGGGCUGACUUAAAGUGAAAGUAUGUGCACAAACUGUGGUCCUUGUUUUCCUCCUCUCCCUUUUAACAUGUCCUGGUUUCACUCAAAUAAUGAUGGAAAUGGAACAUACACCUGUGGGCUCUCCUGUUGUCUGUGUCCCAGAGCUGUAUGCUACCGCGUGCGUGGUACUACGCUUUUACACUGGGAACUUGAUUUGUAGAGAUCUGUAAUUGUUUUAUAUAUAACAAAGCAUAUUUGUAUAAAUGAACUAACAGUGAGAUGAUUUUAAAUUAUGCCAAAUAAAACGGUGGUUGAAACCAGCUUUUGGUGUCGUAAGAAAGCAGGAACAGUGUGCAGUUGCCAUGUGUGGCCGCUAGAUGUCCUCUACGGACCUCAAGUCGAAGCACGUCUUUCCACUAAUGAGCAGCAAUUUUCAAACGAAUUUUUGCUCCUCUGUACAUAAGGAGUUAAUGGUCUAUUUCCAAAACGUUUUUCGGUGCUAUCAUUCAUCUUUGCAGACACCCACUGGUUCAAUCAGUGACAAGCAUUGAAAACUCAGCAAGCUGUUUACUUUGAAAAAUCCCCAUGACCUUUAGGGUGGCGGCUUCAGAUGACAGAUGUGUCAGGCUCCACCUCAAGCUCAUUAGAAACGCACUGGUGCAAUAUUCCCAGUCUAUUUCCUCCUCUGCUUUACAACCAUGAUGGUGCUUGGGUUGUGUCUGAUGAGUUGUUAUCGUGAACUUAAAAAGUGGCUCGGCUGAGGAGAGUGAUGAGACGGGAUGAGCAGGGGUUGCUGUCUGCAAGACGCUUAACCAAGACAAGUGGCUUAAGGUGAUCCAUUUUUAGUUGUGGACUGCAUACUAUCCGCCUAUUAAUAGUUUAACAACAUCCCACAUCACGUGCCUCAAGUAUCAGAUUAUCUUUCAUUUAGGGCUGUCUUCUAUUUAUUGGGAAAUAAGGUGUGUGUGGUCCACAAUUAAAUGGCUUUGGUGUUCACUCCUUUGGCAAUAUCCAUAUUUUUAAAUGUCUUUCAUGAUAUUUGUUGUUGGACAAUACUCUGAAUGUACUAAGUGCAGAAUUCUCCAACAUGCAGUAUAGAGAGGCUAUAAAAACAUGCAUCAUAAUACAACAUACUGAGAGCAACUGUAUUAUUUUAGCAGAGAUGCCCAUACUUUUUCCGCGGAGGGCCACAUAAAGACAAAUGAAAGGAUGAAAGGGCCACUUUCAUAUUUUGUUAACAUAUGUAGAUGGUAAGAAGUUAUCCAUAUUUCAAGAAUCAUCUUUGUGAUAUAAGUGGAAAAGCGUAUUAUUAGUGUGAAUUUCGGUCUUUUUUUAUUUAUCAAUUUGGUGAUUUUUUAAAAUUUCCAAAUAUUCAACUUUCUUCUUAAUUGGCCUUCAUAAAUGUUCUUUUUUGUUAUCAAAAUUAUCACUUUUUUCCCAUAAUAUUUGACUUCAUCCCCAAAUUUUAACCAAUCUAAUUUUCCAAAAAUGAAAACUUUAAACUUUUUCUUCUUCUGACGACUUUAAAAACAUAAAAAAAUGAAACUCUAUCCUACUAAAAUUACAUUAUUUUUCCUCAUAAUACUACAAGUUUAUUGUUCUCCUUAGAAUACAACUUUUUUCUGUUGAAUAUUUUGACUUUAUUCUUGUAACAUUACAGGCGUUUUUUUGUUUUUUUAGACGUCAUUUCUUGUGACUAUUUAAUAUUGAAUCUUUAUGCUACUAAAAUGCAAUUUUUUUCUUAUAAUAAUACAUUAUUCUCGUAGAAUCAUGACUUUUUCUCAUUAGAUUGCGUUUUUCUCGUAAUAUUUUGACAUAUGUUAAAACAGCCGUAGGCCGCAAAUGGCCUCCGCGCUACACUUUGGACACCCUUGUUUUAGCAUUUAUAUAGAAAACAGGUAUUAUAAUAAAUAUUAAGGCUGCAACUCAUGAUUAUUUUAAUCUGAAUCUUAUUGUUUUCAUCAACUGAGUAAUUGGUUAGGCCCAAAAUGGACCAAAUCAAUAUGAACUAAAUAUAAACAGUUAUUGGUUUGGUCUGCAACAUAUCAGAAAAGACGCAAAAAUGUCCAUCACUGUUUUCCAAAGUCAAAGCUGAUGUGUGUGAAUGUCUUGUUUUGUGUGUGUAUUGUGUGUAAUUAUAUAGUGCUUAUUUUUGACACUUGUGGUCGACAGAUGACACAUUUGCAUGCGACCUUGCGUCUCAAUGCAUUCUUCUUUCUCCACUGCUACCUUUGCGAUAAAACAGUACAACUAAAGCCGUCCAGCAGACAUCCUUUCAGUGAGUCAUCAGUGCGGAGCGAAAGGAGACCUUGAUUUCAACACUGCCGUAAUAUCCCUCACUCCUCUCACUCUUGAUGGUGAUGAUGAGGAUGAUGUCCUGGGUAAAGCCAUAAAAGAAGCAAGGAUAUUCCGCCUUUUUUCCUUGUCUAUGCGCAUGAAAAAUCACAAGCUGUGAGCUCACAGGCAGGAUGUGCUGCAUUUGGACUGGGAAAGCUGCAACAUAUUCAAAUCAAAGUGUUUCAGUAGAAAGAAGAGGGAAAAUGAGAUUUCAAAGGAACACAGAGGGGAGUGAGGGCAAUUGGCUGUGCUUCAUCUGAGAGGAUGGCUGGGUGGAAUCAUCUUCGGGGGGUGGAAAUAUGCAGAAAGAGGAAAAACUGUCCUGGCAGAGGUUGCAGAAUUCAUGACAUCAGAUUAGGAACACUUGCACACUGCAUUCCGAGCUGUAUCAAAACAUCCGCCUUUACAAAGAUAAUAAUGCUCAAUGUUAUAUGUUUAUUGUGGUUGUGGUUUCUAAUAUUUUGUCAAUAUAUCUCACUUAACUACACAGGAGACACAAAAUACAGUACUCUCAGCAUUGAUGCAGUGCAUGAUGCAACAUCACUGCGAAAUACAACUUAUGUAUAUACAGUACUGAAUAUGUCACGCCUUUCAAAUAUUUGUACAUACAGUAGUACCUCGCAUAACAUAAACCUCCUUUUAUAUAAAUUCCACUGAACAUAAAGAAUUUAUGUAAAGUUUUUGCUUUGUAUUACAGAAGAAAUUCCAUAUAAUAUAUAUGAAUAUUUUGAAGUGCCAAAGGGGUGAGUUUGGGAAGAUCUUGGAACGGAUUAGGCUAUUUACAUGUAUUUUACGCUUCGUAUAACAUAAAGGUUUUUGGAACGGAUUAUUUACAUACAUACAUUAAAUGGGCAUGAAGCCUUUGUAUUGGAGUGCAUUCGACUGCUGUACCUAAUGUUGUGGCUAGUGAGAGUAUCUACAUCAUUUAUAGUCAAGCAUUACAUAAUCCAAAUUUCUUUUUGUAAAUAAUUUAUUUUAUAUUGCUUUCAUAUCUUGUUCAAGUAUGAAUUAAAUGAAUUAGGAUAUAUAAUGAUGUAUUUUUGGAUUAUUUCAUGUAAUAGUUGGUGUGUACCACUUUAAGACUACCAGAGCCUCUGCAAGGCAAGCGUUUCUGCCCCCGUUCUGCUAACCUUUGGAUUGUUUGUCUUUGAAAAUAAAUGUGUUGCUUUUUGUAAUCAAACCGCUGAUUUGUGUGCGGUGUGCUGCUCAGACGUGGUGAAGCCAUAUCUUUACAAAUCACAAAAGUAACAACACCUGUGUGGAAAAAAAACAAUCUCGAGAGUUGGAGCAGCUGAUUAGAUGUCUUGUGGAUGUCGGCUUGGGAUUGAAGUGCAAUCCCUCCAAAGCCACAAGAGGUUGUUCCAACACUGUCAUUGCCUAAUGUCUCCAGCAGGUCAACCGUGACCUUUUGCAGAACCUCACUGAGCAACACAGACACAGACAGAUUUUGUACCGCAAAAGGACAAUAAAGUAAAAGUACUCACCCUUCGAAGAAGCCUGACAGUCAUGGAGACGGAAAAAGAAGGUGUUGGCAC